GGCCGUGGCCGCCGCUUUCCGCCCGGCUCGGAGCAAGGCGGGGGGGCCCGGCCGGGGGCGGCAUGUGGCGGCCGCAGCCCCGGCCCGGCGGCACCGACAGGCGGCGCCGCGGUGGGAGGGAGGCGGCGAGCCCAGCAUUUGGCUUCCUUGAGCAAACGUUCUUCCUAAUUGAGCAGCAGACAGUGUGCAGCCUUUCCUGGUUUUGGACAUAAUACGUAUUAACAACUCGUGUGAAAACAGCUUUUCACACCACCUUUGGAGUAUCGGGCUUAAAGAUGGUUCGGAGCACUCAUUGCCUUCAGGCUCUCUUCGUAAAAAGAAACUGGCAAAACGACCUGGAUACAUGAGGCCAGAAGCUCAGCGACAGAUCGAGUUUCAGUCCCUGGGUGCCUGUGAGCCAUUCAGCCCAGAAGAGUUCAAACAUGGCAGGCAGCAUUGUGAAGACUUUGAGAAAUGCUGUCCGUUCGGACAAUACAAAAAGAACUUUGAAUUCUUACACUGCCGUUCAACUGCAAGUAGUGCUGUAGUUCCUGCUGAUGGGGUAACAGCACUGGGCGCUACUGGAAAUAUGCUGGGAAACUGCAAAAAUCUUUCUUGUUACAAGAAUCCACAAUCAGAAAACACAAUGAUAUCAAUUUACCCUGCUGAAGCAACAAGCAAAGAUGUUUCUACUGUAUGCUGUGCACGGCAAAUGGGCCACAGCACUAAAGUGAGCGAGCCCCAAAAGGUGCAUGCCUUGGAUCAGACAGAAGUGAAUAAUAACUGUGAAUAUCAAAACAGAGAGGUUGUUUCUCAUUCUGUUGAUUCACACAAUAGCUUUAGUUCAAGAUUCAGCUUCAUACAGCUCUCCCUGAACUCAGCCUCUGGAGUAAGUGGUGCUGAAGGCAAGGCAACCGUCAAGGAAGCUGAGCGUGUUCUGCAUGCCAGCAUUGCAGGAAAUCUACAGGAGCUAGAAGAGACAGCAAGAACUCACGAGCACUCAAGAGCUUUGCGUUGCUUCUCUAGGCCCAGUGAUGAUUUGAAGCAUGAAAACGAGACCACAGCAAAUGAUAAACUACAGGAUUGUGAGACCGUCUCUCUCUCAGAUACAGAUGCAACGUUUUCAUAUUCUACAGAUUCCUCAGAUGCAGCAUCUGCUGGUUCUUCUGUCACCUCAGGCUAUGAAAGUAGUUUCACUGUUAGUGACCAUAACUGGGAUACUUUGAUGAAAAAGUAUGAACCAGUGCUACUAGACUGCCAGCUUGGCAACCGGAGUACGUUAAAGAUAAAAUCCUUGAUCUUACGGCUUCAGAGGCUUCAGGAAAAAGCAAUAGAGGAAGAUGAUUAUGACAGAGCUGAUAAAUUUAGACGGAAACUAGAAGAACUGGAGAAAGAAAAAAAAUCUUUAAAAUUCCAGCUUCCUUCAAGACAUCCUUCAAUUAGCAAUUUUUUGGAUAGCUUUGUUACCCAAGUUCAAGCUACAUUGCGCUGGGCUGCAGAUCGGGUUAGAGAUGAAGAAACCCAGCUUUCUCAUGAAAACGAACAUAAACUUUUGAGAUCCACUUACAAGGAGAGGAUACAGGUUUCGGCCACAAAACGAAAGCAGCUUUUUCAAGAAAAGAAAUGGCUACAGAAAGAAAUUGAAGACCUCCGAGCGAGAUUGGCUGUAUUGGAAGCAAAAGAUCAACAGCUAAGAAGAGAAAUUGAGGAACAAGAUAGGCUUAUUCAGUCACAGGACUGUGAACUGACUGCUUUACUUGGCUGUGUUUCUUUGAGAGAACUACAGGAAAUAAGCAAGGCUGUGGAUGACACAUUAGCAUCCUCCUAUCAAAUUCCAUUCAGUUUGGAUCUUCCGGGGACAAUAAAGAGCCUUCAGGAAAAAGAACAAUCAUUCAGCAUGUCCAUUAAAGAAACUACUGCCAAAGUUUGCACAAGUCAGAAACUCUGCAGUACUUUGAGGAGGAAAGUGAGUGAUAUUGAGACUCAACUACCCGCUCUACUUGAAGCCAAAAUGCUGGCUGUAUCAGGAAGUAAUUUCGGUACUGCUAAGGAUCUGACAGAAGAAAUAAGAUCAUUAACAUCUGAGAAGGAGGGGCUGGAAGGACUUCUAAAUGAGCUGCAGGUUUUGAGUGCCAGAAACAUCCGAAAAUUAGAGAGAAUUAAAGACGAUUACAACAGACUGAAACAAGAACUUGAACAAGGAGAGACUGCCUUUGUGACCUGUGUAAAAGAAAAUGCUGAAAAGUAUAUGGAGAUGCUGGAAGAUAAACUACAUAGCUGCAGGAGCCAGCUGCUCCAAAGAGUGUGGGAAGCUGACUUGGAGGCCUGUCAGCUGUUGAUCCGAGGCUUUCAACUGAAAGAAACCAGUUGCUGUGGUUUUGAGGAAGAGGACAACCAAAUGGAUGAGCUGGAGAUGGCGGCUGAUGGCCCUACUGAUUCUGAAAAAAGAAAAGAAGGUCACUUUCCGAAGGGCACAGAGUGGGGCAGUGCUCUGUACCCCAAGCACAGUGAGCUGAAACAGGUUGUGGAAGACAUUUCAUUUGGAGCAGAGGGUCAUUUAUCUGAGGAGUUCUUCAUAUUUUCCGCGGAGUUGGAUGAAAAAUGUGAAGCAAUAAGUGAGAAAUUGGUGCAUCUGGAAGAUCAACUGCAAACUUCAGUUUGCAGAGUUGAUGAAGGAGUUAUUCAUAUCCUUUUUGAUUCUCUGCAGAGGGAGAUCCAGGUGGUGAAGGAGACACUCCAGACCGUGCUGGUGCAACUUCAGCCAGCCAGGGAGGCAGGAGAAGAAAAGGCUGGAGACUUCCUCUGCGACAGCUGGUGUCCAGGAAAACAAGACUUGGAGGAAUAAUGAGCAGAAAGAACUGGUAGGAUGACAUUAAUUCACCAAGGGUGGCUUUUAGUAACUGAAUACUGUUUUACCAAGCCUCAGGGAUCUCUUCUCUGCCUGCAUAACUAAUAACUAAAUCAAUUAUGGAGAAACAGAGCCUGGAGGUCUAUCAUCAGAAGUACUCUACGCAGCCUCACAUGUUUUGGCACAGAUUGGGAAACAGCUUUCGGAGCAGAGCAUCCCCUGUAAAUGUGUAGAUUACAAAUUGAUACAUUUCAAGUGAGUCUGCAAAGUUGCCUUUAAUGUCAGUGAAAUGUUCUCCUUGAAGACUUGUAAACAGUAUCUGUCUUCCUUACUCACGGAUUUUUUUUCCUGCUUUAAAAAUGUAGUGUUAAAGCUGGAACAUCUAGUAUUUCUUGUAAAAUAGCUGUAAGAAUAUAAGAUUUUUUUUCCUUUGGCUUUAACAGCUCUCUUACACUGAAUGUAUUUGCACAUUCCUGCCAAUAAUUAAAUCAAUAGGAUGAAAUUCAAGCUAACCAUGUACUCUUAACUGAAAUUCAGAGCUCGUUUACUCAGUGGUAUUGAGUACAGUAGAGGUAACUAACAGCAGCCCUUACAGCAGUAGUUUAACUAUUUUCAUUUAGGUAUCAAUAUAAACUUGUUUUAGUAUUACAGGGGUUGUAAAGCACACAAAAAAUACUAUGUUGCUGAUUUUGUGCUCCUUGUAUUUAAGUAUUGUAUGAACAGUAAAUCAUUUAGGUCUCCUUGUAAAGUUUAUUAUUACUGCUAUAUUAUUUUGAGCUUCCUUCUAAACGUAAGGAAUGCAGGUUUUUUUUGCAAUAGACACGUAUGUAUAUGUACAUACUUAAACAUGUAUUUUUAAUAGGAAAGAAAAGCAAUGUUCCAUUGAAGCCAACUAGUACAAAUGACCUAUAUUUAGAUCAUUGUUCAAAACAGUUAAUAUCUUUAGGAAUUCAUAAUGUACUCUUGGAUACCAGAAUGUAUCUGAUACCACAAAGUUCUGCUCCUGCCAUUUGUUGCAGAGGGAGAAUUUAAAAACAAAAUGUCUCUCAUUCGUUUAUUUUAAGCCAGUAGAUCAAGCAAGUGUCUUGUGACUUAUUACUGUACUUUUUAAUACUAUUUGUAUGACA